CAGCGAUGGGGGAGGCGGCGGGAGGUAGCGCGGUGCCUCCGCUCCCGCCGUCGUCGGAGGCGACGGGGGGGCAGGUGAACGCCCUGACCGUCCUGGCCUUACUGGAGAAACUGGUCUCGAUGCUGGAGGCGGUGGAAGGGCAACAGAGGCAGAUGGAGCAAAGGCAGCGGGGUUUGGAAGGGGCGGUGAGGGGUAUUCAGGGAGACCUGGGGAAACUGUGCCGCAGCCACGGGGCGACGGGGGAAGCGGUGGAGAAGCUGCUGGAGAAGUCGCGGAAGGUGUGCGCCCACACCCGCGCCGUGCGGGAGCGGCUGGAGAGGCAAUGCGACCAGGUGCGACGCCUGGAGCAGCAUCACGCGCAGCUGCUCCGGCGGGACCGCUUCAAGGUGCUCAUCUUCCAGGAGGAAAAUGAGAUCCCUGCCAGUGUUUUUGCAAAAGAGCCUAUUCCCAGCAUUACAGAAGGAAAAGAGGAAUCUGUGGAUGAGAACAAAACACUGGAAGAAACCUUGCACACAGUGGAGUUGGGUUCAGAUGAUGAAAUGUUUCACGAAGAUGAUGAUGUGGAUGACAGUGCAGAGGAGAAAACAGAAGAAUCAAGAGCUGAGAAAAUCAAAAGAUCCAGCCUCAAGAAGGUAGACAGCCUCAAGAAAGCAUUUUCCCGCCAAAACAUCGAGAAGAAGAUGAACAAGAUCAGCACAAAGAUUGUCUCACCCGAACGGAGAGAAAAGAUCAAGAAAUCGCUUACUGUACAUCAUCAGAAAUCCUCUUCUUCAAAGAGUCCAGCUUUCAAAGUAUCUCCCCUCACGUUCAAUGUGAAGAAAGUCCGUGAAGGAGAAAGCCCUGCUGAAGCUGAGGACAGGCCAACAGAAACCACAAGCAACGACCAAGCUGAGAAUGAGGAUGAAAUGUCAUUCGCCGACAUGCACUCAGAUAUGACACCUACCACCUCGCUGACCGAGGAAGGCAAAGCAGUAGCCGAUUCUCUAGAGAAGGAAGCCAGAAUGGAAGGGAACGCCAUGAACAACAACAUUGAGCUGUCCAUUGUUGAAGAUGAUGAGGAGUAUGGAAUGCCUCUAGAAGUUUCUAGCCAGAAACUGUAUGAUGAAAGGAACAACCCAGUCGGCAGGGAAAUGGAACAAUCUGAUGAAGAAACAGCCCAAGCAGCUGUCCUGCAGAUAGACCAAACAGCAUAA